AUGUCCAUCGUAUUACCAGGUGCUAUAUUAAUGGGUCAUAAUCGGCUGGCACCUUGUUCACUCGUUUUGCCUGACGAUCGAUUUCCUGAACAUACCGAUUGUGCAUAUAUAUAUUUAACAACGGCUACCGGUACAAGAAGAGCGAUUAAACAAAGUGGAGCAAAUCAUUUAUCACACAAAUUAAUUACAAAUUCACCAACAAAAAUGCGAAAUAAAAAACAAAACGAAUAUAUUCCUUCAUCAUCACCAUCAACUAAACGAAAGCAUGAUGAAUCUUUGCUUGAAUACGGAAAGCAAAUGAAUGAUAUUAGCAAUUGCUUGGAAACUGUUAUGAAACAACAAGGAGUUAUUGUUGAUGGUCUUCAAGCAUUUCGUAAAAGUCAUGAGAAAAUUAAUAAAAUGACAACUUCAUUACUUCAUGCAAAUAAACUUAAUCAGCAUUAA